AUGUCUGAUAACGACCAGCUUGUCCAGAGCUUUAUAGCAGUUACCAGUGCUCCCAAGGCAGUUGCAGAGCAAUUCUUAGAGAAAAACAACUUUGACCUCACCACGGCAAUUGAAGACUUCUACGCCCUGAACGAGGAAUCUCAUUACGACGCCCACAGCCAGCCUGAUAAAAAAGCCCCUUCCUCCAGGAAAUCUGCUCGUGGAGGCUUCAGAACCUUGAGAGAUCUCAACGAAGAUUCAGAUGAUCCUGAAGACACAAACACGAACUUCUUCACCGGUGGCGAGAAGUCAGCGUUGCAAGUGGAGAACCCAGAUAAGGACAAAAACGAAGGGCACCAGCCUUCUCUCAUCGAAAAGAUCUUCCAGAAGGCACAGGAGCAGAUGGAUGAGCCAGACGAUAGACCCUCAGCGCAGAUGGAGCCGCAGAGGCGGUCGAAUUUCACGGGUGCUGGCUUCAAACUCGGAGACUCGAACCAGCCGCUGGAAGUGGUGGAGGACCCAUUUGCACAUGCGAGAAACAGACCAAUGAAAGUGAACAGAGAAAUCACGUUCUGGCGUCAGGGAUUCACAAUUGGCGACGGGGAGUUGCGGAGAUACGACGACCCUGAGAACCAGGCGGUGUUGCACGAAUUGAAGCAAGGGCGCGUGCCCGUAUCGCUUUUGAACGUGGAGUUUGGCCAGGACGUGGAUGUGUCUGUGCUUAAGAAGACGGACGAGGACUACGUUCCGCCAAAGCGUAAGUUGGGAGGUUUCCAUGGCCUGGGCCACCGGUUGGGCUCUCCAGUGCCAGGAGAGAGCCCCAGCAGCGUCACUUCGCAGCCGGAAGCGGCGCAGGAACCAAAAGCAGCACCAAAGCCAGAGGAUCAGGGCACAGGAGACUCACUUGUUCAGAUCAGAUUCGCUAAUGGCAAAAGAGUAGCGCAUAAAUUCAACUCGAGCGAUUCCAUCAGCGCUGUGUACGACUUCGUGCGGAGUCACGAGCACAACAACAACUCCACAAGACCGUUUGUCUUGUCCCAUGCAUUUCCCGUAAAGCCCAUCGAAGAGUCUCUGGGGGUGACCGUUGAAGAGGCCAAGCUAAAGAAUGCCGUUAUCGUUCAAAGGUGGGCAUAA